UGGUUGGGAAACUUUAUCUUCCAGCCUGUGUAUUGUGAUAUUGUAUGUAAUGUAGGGUAGAUAUAAACCUCCCCACUAAACACAGGUACGCUCUAAGGUUUAUUCUACAAGGGGUUCGGACAUAGAAAGUUUUCUCGCCGAAGUUAACCUAUUAUGUGAUGAUGUUCUUUCGGGCAACUAUUUUCCUUUGGUGGACAUGUAUGAUUGUCUUAGUCGUUUCUCAAGAGCCAUGUCUUAGAAACGGUACCUGUUCAUGUAGUGUGGUUGGGAAUAUGACGGACAUGUUUUGUCAAUUGACAGUACCAUUUCCGGAGAUUCAAGCAGACGGUGUUGCCAUACGGACGUUAACUUUAUCCGCUGGGCGCAACGUAACACGAGCUGAGACCAAUUUCAACUCCCUUCAAGUCCAACGUUUGGUCAUAACUGGCUCUUUUAUAUCAGAACUGGACUGCUUUACUCUUGAUGGAAUGGAUGGACUCGAAUCUAUAUCUAUAGAGCACACAUAUGUGUCUAGAGUGCCGACCUGUUUUCUUAGACAAUUUGUUACAAGCUUGAAUCUGGUUGACAGUCACAUGACUUCUCUGUCUCGACGCGCCUUUGCGGUUAGCCCUAAUUUAAAGCAUUUGAACCUUAGUGGCAACUGUUUGUCACACCUUAGACCUGAUACCUUCAUGGAUCUUCACAAUCUGGAAUCUCUGGACUUAUCCGACAAUUGUCUCUUAGGAGAAUUAACUUCAUCUAUAUUUUUAGGAGUAACAAAACUGAAAGUGCUUCGACUUGAAAGGAAUUAUAUUUCAUCAAUCCGUGGUAAGUUUUGGCGAAACUUAACAAAUCUGGAACAUUUGAACUUGUCUGAAAACAAUAUCACUGGAUUGUUUGACUUGAGUUUUCAUCCACAGUACACCAUCGUUUUAUCAGUGUCAUCAAAUAAUAUAAAGAAAAUUGAAAACUUACUGGUGCGAUUUGUUGGUCGAGCAGAUGAGACGUCUAAUUUCACAUUGCAUCUUGAUGUUUCUAAAAACAAAUUGAAACAGUUUCCUGUGAUUAAUAUUAAAGGACCUCGUCGAUGCCAGCUACUAUUUGGUCUCAACGUAGACAACAACGAAAUAGCUAAAUUUGCCCGAGAUCCCGUGCUGAGUUCAGCAUGCGAGAAGCGCAUUAAGCUACGUGUUUCUCUUACCAAUAAUCACAUCACAAACUUCCCACCUUGUCACUCAUAUAUAUUACAAAAAUUCCAUUUUUUGCUGUUAAAUUUAUCCGGGAAUUUCAUAGAUGGAAAUUUAAAUACAUUGUGUGGCGCGAGUGAAGUUGAAACUCUUGAUAUUUCUAAAAAUAUGCUGAAUGGCAUCGGAAGAAUAUCCGCGGCAAACGGAAGAAGUCGAUUGCAAAGGCUACUGCUUGCAGAAAACAAAAUUGAGGAGGUUAGAGGAACCAACGUCGGUGAAAUUUUCCCGAACCUGAAGCUCAUCGACUUGUCCAACAAUUCAAUAUCUUCGGUUGAUGGGAGUUUUGCUGAAAUGCCAGAUUCUUUAGAAAGUCUGAAAUUAGCAGGUAACCCUUUAAUGUGCAAUUUAACAGAAAUUGAGUUAACCGAUUUAGAUACACGGUGUCACUUACAGAACAUUAUGGAUUACGCACGAUGCAUCAGUCCGUUAAACCUGCAAGGAUAUCAAGUAAAAUGUGUUUUGGCAGAAAACUGUUCCACGCUAUUACAUACUGAGAUUUGUGCCAAUGAUACGUAUUUGGAAAUAGAUUUAUCAGUACAUACUUCGGCCUAUUCCAGCCUACAUGCUGUGUGGCAUCUAACUGGCCCUGGAGACAAGUAUGUAGAGGAAUUACUUCUGGAGUUAACUAAGGUACCCGAUGACCAGAACAUUAAAACUGUCCACAUACACACACUCACCCACGAAUUCACAUUUACUUCACUUCAACCUAACAUGUCGUAUUGGGUUUGUUUGCGUGCAGCGACGUCCGGAUGGGGGGAGGAUUAUCAGGCGUGUGUCACUGCCAAACCUAAAAGAUCAAGAGAAUCGGAAAAUGACGAUUUUGAUUUUAACAAACUUUCAGUUGUUCUGGGUGUACUGCUUGGAAUGAUUCUUGCUAGCAUUGUGGCAUUUUUAAUUUUUCACUUUGUCGUACGACGACGUGGCUUCUGUCAACAGGAAAACGAGUACAAUGGUAGCAGUUCUAUUAUCGAGCGGUACGUGGAACCUACUAGUAUACAUCGAACGGUAUGUGAGGGUAAUAAUGAUGUAAAAUAUGUUAGUACUGACCGUGCGGUACAUUUACUCACGGGAGAUAAUGGAACCCCAACUGAGUUCCCUGCGGAUAAUGAAAAUGCUACUGAUGAGAUAUAUGAUGAUUUGUCUAUACCUCCGGUGCCCCAGCCUAAACCUACACAAGCACAGAAUCUCACAAUUGAGUUCCCUGCGGAUAAUGAAAAUGCUACUGAUGAAAUACCCGAGAUAUAUGAUGAUAUGUGUAAACCUCCGGUGCCCCAGCGUAAACCUGGACAAGCACAGAAUCUCACAACUGAGUUCCCUGCGGAUAAUGAAAAUGCUACUGAUGAAAUACCCGAGAUAUAUGAUGAUAUGUGUAAACCUCCGGUGCCCCAGCGUAAACCUGGACAAGCACAGAAUCUCACAACUGAGUUCCCUGCGGAUAAUGAAAAUGCUACUGACGAAAUACCCGAGAUAUAUGAUGAUUUGUCUAUACCUCCGGUGCUCCCGCGUAAACCUAGACAAGCACAGAAUCUCACAACUGAGUUCCCUGCGGAUAAUGAAAAUGCUACUGAUGAAAUACCCGAGAUAUAUGAUGAUAUGUGUAAACCUCCGGUGCCCCCGCGUAAACCUAGACAAGCACAGAAUCUCUCGCUAUGGCAUUCCAUACUCCCAGACAGACGAAAGGAAAGUGUCCUGCUUCAACAUACAAUGGGAGAUAAUGAACGAAAUACUGGCAAUAACCAUGCUUCUGGUCAAGCUGAGCCGCAAAGGGGCUCGAGUCAAAACAUCCGUUUUGAGACUGAAGCAAUCGCACCAGAAAGUGAAGAUCCUCCUUAUGAGCCAGUAGAGUCACCUGGAAGGAUUGCGUUGUUUUCAGAUACAUCGAGCAAAUUCAGUGACAUACGAGAUAUAUCAAACAAAGACAUUAGUGAGGAAACCGAGCCAAAGGUGAUAGCAGGCCGUCGUGAUAGUGCAUAUGACUCGUUUCGGGAAGAAGUACAUUGUCUCCAAGGCGAAAUCCCAAAUCCAGUGUGUAUGGCGACAAAUAGUGUUGUUGAGGGAGUGGACGACGAACUCGAUCAAGACGAAGAGAACGAUGUUCUGUUGGUUCACGAUAACACCGAAUCGGAAGUCGAUGCAAACGAGAGCUCCCAGCAGACAAUUACCAAUCCUAACUACAGGUAUACAUAGAGUGCUCUCCAUAGGUUAAUGUAACAGUAUCAUGUUUGUGGCGUCUGUAGAAUUAAUAGACCCGAGCAUACUCCAACUUUGUAUAGUAUACAUGCAGCGUAACCGAGGUUGUUUUUAGCCGCCGUUUUCACACUUAUAUUUAGGACAUCACUUUUGCUGAUUGUACCAUCGAAAGCACUCAUAUGCCAUAUAUAGAAGUGAUAUGUUGAUAUAAAUGCUCGUAUCAUUCUGUAUAUAUAUGGAUGAUUAUAUUAACAUGUGAAAGGACAAAAAAUGCCUUAUCCUACAGCAUUUAAAGUAACUACUCUCAUGGAUCUAGAAAAUCCAUCGAUAUAGACUUUGCAAAAGAUCCGACGAUAGGACUAUUUGGUAAGAAGUAUAAAUUAGUCAGAUUUCAUUCGGUUUUCUGUCAGUCAGUAUAUGGUAUUUUUUUAGAACAUGAUGACAGAAGAACAGAUUUGUGAUAAUAUUUAGUUUACUCUCAUCGUGGGUUGAAAUUGUCUGAUAAUUCAGAAUUACACACUGCUUAACAGGUGUAAUAUUUUUGAUAAACUUGUUGACCUUAACUUUCUUUGUUAACAAAGCUUGAUAAGGGCAGGUAUCACGCAAGGUUGUACAAUUAUUAAUAAUAGGAGCAAGCCAGACUGCAAACACGCCGAAAAUAGCAACCCUAUAGGUGUCUGCACUUUUGUUCACGCUCCGGUAGAGCCAUAUCCCAUACUAUUUAGCCUACUUUUCAACGAGGACUCGAUUGGUGUGUGCACAUAUAUAGUGUCUCCUUGUGACCGGACGAGUCCAUUCCGCCAAAGUGUUGUCCCCAUUAAAGUAUCAUGCCAUUGCGCCAGAUAUGACACCCCUACCAGUCACAUUAUACUGGGUCAAUCGGCCCUGUUUGCUUGUUGCAACCUCUCAGGGCUGAGCGCCAAGCGAGGGGAUUUUAAGAGCAAGUUUGAUUGUAAUCCGAACUUGUUUUCGCAGACUUCAUUAUUAUUAAAUGUUGAAGAAAAUAUAAUAUUAGAUACAAUAUCGAUGUCAAUAUACAAUAUGAUCGCUGUAGAACUUUGUUGCGGUACCAAGCACACACGCUACAGGGUAAAUAGUGAAAGGGAAAGAAAGUCAUCGUGAAGAAAUACGGUAUUCCCGUUGCAUUUUGGAACGUUUGGAAGUUGUGCUUGUUUAAAAACCAACCGCUAGUUGCCCAAUGGUCAAAUCUGGCGUUACAUGUUGCCGAAUAUGGAUAAAUGUCUCAUACAUCUCCUUAUUCUCAAACAGAGUACAAACUCUCCUGAUUAAUUAAUCUUCGGUGACAGAGAAGAUUCAAUAUUCUCCUUAAUUAUUUAUUUAAAUGAUGUUAAAAAAAGGAAAAUUGAAAGAAUUUUUUUAAACUUAAAUUGUUUUAAUUAUAAAACAUUAAACAGUAAUAAUAAUUCUGGUUAUAGGAUAUAAUGUGUAUGAAGAGAAAUAAGCAGUAUAUUUUCUAAUAAGCAGUAUAAAAUUCUCCAAGGACAACUUCAGCUUUUUGUAUACAUGUAAAUAUUACACUUAGUACUUCCUGUAUAAAAGUAGCUAUCCCAAGCUGACACAAUUGGGGUAAAUGUUUCUUUGCUUAACCACUUGUAACACAUAUGUAAUUAUAUGUUUACCUCUAGAUUGCAUUGAUCUGCACUAUUUGUCAUACAGUUAUUGUUGUUGUUGUUGUAUUAGGGUUAUUGUUUUUGUUGUGUUACACUCUGCGUCCAAUUUUAUAGCCGCAUUACAUUCCCUCCUCCCACUGCCCGUUGUAGGUCUAUUUCUGUUCUAGUUCGCUGUCUUUCACUGUCGAUUUCCUUUGUUUACCCUUAGUGUUGUUUUGUGUACCCACCGACAACAACUGUUCAAAUAUGUGCGUCUCCGGACGAUGGCAAAUAAAAUUUUGCUGGAAUAUUGUAACAUCAACUGUGCGACUUUCGGAUUUAUCCAGGGUAUUUAUACGCUUUUUUUUUUGGCAUUAUUCAUUGCUUCAUGGAAGGAACAAGAAGAUAUACACAACAUGAAUAUAUUUGUUGAAGCUGAUUUUUGUAACCUUUAUCAAACUUGGCUUUGGUGUUUUCUCGUAGAGGUCGGUGUCUUUGUAAACACGUUUAUAUCUCGAACGGUUAACCAUCUGCGAUUUGCCAUGCUGUCGUCGCACCACUGGUUUUACAAUCAGUUCUGUAGUUUGUUAUAUCCACACUGACACAAACGUCUGCAACUGUGCUUAUGGCUAGUGGUAUAAAAGUAUUACAGCACUGAACAUCGUUCACAGUCACUUUACGUAUCUGUCUGUCACAACUGGCCUUUGUGAUUAGCUUUACUCUUAAGUUCGUCAUUAGUGCAGCUUUCCGUUUUCUUGCCGAACAAAAACGAGCAGAGAUCGAAAUACCGGUGUGGAACUGAAAUAUGACAUGCGCUUUUCUUGUAACUAAAUAGAAUAUAUGAGCUGUAUGUACAGUAGAAAAUUUCGCCUGCAUUUAUGUCGAUAGAAUUUUAGUUUGACAUCAAAUUUUCUGUUCUAUUUUCCGAAAACAUUAAGGAAAAUUGGUCAAGGUUUUUAGAUGCACUUAGGUGGUUGUAGCUUGAGAAUAAAAAUGUGAAAUCAAUAAACUGCAUUGUGUUAUUAGAAAACCAUGAGGUUUGUGGCCCCA